AUGAGAUUUCUGCCUAGUGGAUCGUUAGCCGUGAUCAGGGCGCUGCCGCUGCUGCUGCUUUGUUUGUCGGGUUUUUCUCACGGUCAGAUUUCGUACUCCAUCACAGAGGAGGUAAAGAAAGGAACCGUGGUUGGAAAUAUAGCCAAGGACCUCAACAUUGACAUUCAAGAACUGCAGUCACGGGCGUUUCAAGUUGUGGCUGGAUCUAAUAAGUAUUUUGAUUUGAAUCCAAAAAUUGGGUCUCUGUUUGUCCACGACCGAAUCGACAGAGAGGAGCUGUGUGAGAGCAAGCAGAAAUGCUUCCUCAACAUUGAGCUAAUGGCACAGAAUCCUAUUAAGCUUUAUCGUGUGGAGGUAAGCAUUAUAGACAUUAACGACAACCCGCCGGUUUUUUCACUGCAAAAACUAGUGAAAAAUAUAACAGAAAAUGUUGUACCUGGAGAUCGGUUUGCGCUGUCUGCGGCCCGUGACAUGGAUGUCGGUGUAAACACAGUAAAAAGCUACAGUCUGGGCCCUAAUGAACAUUUUUCUCUCGAUGUUCAGACCUACGGACAAAGCCUAUUUCCAGAACUGGUCGUGCAAAAACCUUUAGACAGAGAGAAACAGUCUGUGUUUAAUCUCGUAUUGACGUCUAUGGAUGGGGGGAAACCUCCCAGGUCCGGAACACUUGAUAUAACAAUUAAUGUUUUAGAUGUAAAUGAUAAUAAUCCCGUAUUUAGUAAACCUCUUUAUAAGGUUAAGAUUGAAGAAAAUGCUUUUGUUGGAACGAAAAUUUUGACUGUCACUGCCACCGACUCCGAUGAAGGUGUGAACGGGGAAAUUAUUUACUCACUUGUAGAUCAACACGAAAAUGCUGCGUCGGAUUUAUUUUCUAUAAACAACCAGACUGGGGAGAUCAAAAUUAAAGGUAACAUUGAUUAUGAAGAAUCCUCUGCGAUUGAAUUAAGAGUACAAGCUCAGGACAAGGGCCAUUCUCCAAAACACACUUAUUGUAAAGUGUUAAUUGAAGUAGUGGAUGUGAAUGACAAUGCACCAGAGAUAUCAGUGACUCUGCUCAUGAGCUCCGUAAGCGAGGACAUCAAACCUGGUACAGAUGUUGCAUUAAUCACUGUAUCAGAUAAAGACAGUGGAACAAAUGGCAAAGUAAAUUGUACAAUUUUAGUACCGAGUCCUUUUAAAUUACAAUCAUCAUACAAGAACUAUUAUUCUCUUCUUUCAAAUGAACCUCUGGACAGAGAGCAGGUCUCACAAUAUAAUAUUACAGUUCUAGCUAAUGAUAAAGGAACUCCUUCCCUCUCAAGCAGUCACGUUAUAACAGUUCAUGUCUCUGAUGUGAAUGAUAACGCGCCUUCAUUUCCUGCAGCGGUGAUAAACAUUAGCCUGAAAGAGAAUAGUCCAGUUGGAGGCCUGUUGGCAUCACUAACGGCACGUGACUUAGACAUCGGUGAGAAUGCGCUUGUUUCGUAUUCAUUAAUUGAUACAGAGAGCAGCAGAGUGUCAAAUCUGAUGAACAUUAACUCACACACCGGUGAACUGUACAGUCUGAAGACUUUCGAUUACGAAGAAAUAAAAAGAAUCCAGUUUCAAGUUCAAGCCACUGACGCUGGUGUUCCUCCACUAAGUAGUAACGUGACUGUUAAUGUUUUUGUCCUGGAUGUGAAUGACAACAGUCCAGUUUUUCUCCCUCCUUAUUCUGAACCUGGAUCAGUAAACACUGAGAACAUUCCCUACUCUGCUGAAGCGGGCUAUUUUGUGGCUAAAGUCAGAGCUGUAGACGCUGAUUCAGGUUAUAAUGCUCUAUUAUCUUAUCAUAUAACUGAAUCAAAGGGAACGAACCUCUUCCGAAUCGGAACCAGCACAGGAGAAAUAAGGACUAAAAGAAGAAUGAGUGACAAUGACUUAAAAACUCACCCUCUUAUCAUCACUGUCUCUGAUAAUGGAGAACCUUCACUGUCCACAACUAUGAGUAUUGAAGUUGUGGUUGUGGAAAAUCUGGACAGCCUGCAGCCUUCACUAAGACAAGUGCCAGUAAAGGAGGAUAAUUCUUCUAAUCUGAAUCUCUAUCUGCUCAUCGCUAUCAUCUCAGUGUCAGUGAUCUUUUUACUGAGCCUCAUCGCUUUAAUAGCAGCUAAAUGCUACGGGACAGACGGUGGUUUCGGCAGGUCCAGCGUUCCAGUGGUCACUACACACCCUGACGGAAGCUGGUCUUACUCUAAAUCUACUCAGCAGUAUGAUGUGUGUUUUAGCUCAGACACACUGAAGAGUGACGUAGUGGUUUUUCCCUCGCAGUUUCCUCCUCCAGACGCAGAGCUGAUCAGCAUUAAUGAAGGAGACACUUUUACUCGAACUCAGACUCUUCCCAGCACAGUGAAGGUAAGACCAUGCUUAGUUUAG